GGUCAGUCAGCGAACAACUGUGGAACGGUCAAGAUGUCCAGCAAAAUUCCCUACGUAAAGCACAACAACGGCACCCAAAUCCAGUCCAUCGGACUGGGCACCUAUACGUCGUUGGGAGGCGAUUGCGAGCGGGCCACGCUGCAUGCGAUUGAUGUGGGCUACCGGCACAUAGACACCGCCUAUUUCUACGAGAACGAGAAUGAGGUGGGUGCAGCUGUCCAGCGAAAGAUUGCCGAGGGCGUUAUCAAGCGGGAGGACAUCCACAUCACCACCAAGUUAUGGUGCCACUUCCAUGAGCCGAAGAGGGUGGAAUAUGCGUGCCGCAAGACUCUGCAGAACUUUGGUCUGCAGUACGUGGAUCUCUACCUGAUGCACUGGCCCUACUCCUACGUCUACCGCGGCGACAACGAGAUGAUGCCCACCGAUGCCAAGGGGGAGGUGGAACUCAACGAUAUCGAUUACCUAGACACCUGGCGCGAAAUGGAGAAGCUCGUGGAACUGGGCCUGACCAAGAGCAUCGGCGUAUCCAAUUUCAACUCGGAACAGUUGACUCGCUUGCUGGCCAACUGCAAGAUCAAGCCAAUCCACAAUCAGAUCGAAUGUCAUCCCGCGUUGAACCAGAAGAAAUUGAUUGCUCUGUGCAAGAAGAAUGACAUUGUAGUGACCGCCUACUGUCCCCUGGGCAGACCCAAUCCAGCAGAAAAGACGCCCAACUACAUCUAUGAUGCCAAGGUGCAGGCAAUUGGAGACAAGUACAAGAAGUCCACCGCCCAAGUGGUGCUCCGAUAUCUGAUUGAGAUUGGAACCAUCCCAUUGCCAAAGUCCUCAAAUCCCAAGCGCAUCGAGGAGAACUUCCAGAUCUUCGACUUCCAGCUGGAUGCUGAGGAUCAUGCCAUUCUGGAUUCCUACAACACCGGAGAACGUCUGAUUCCCAUGACCCACGCCAUCAAAAGCAAGAACUAUCCAUUUAACAUCGAGUUUUGAGCUGGAAAGCAGGAGCAAUGUUUGAUAUUAAUUAAAGUGGUUGUUAAAUCUGAUAUUUUGUGUACAUAUACAUAUGUUUUUUAAAAAUAAACACCAAUAAUAAUU